CUCCACCUAUGUCCGUCCCCCUUUUCUGGUCGUUACGCUCGCGAGAUCUGGUAACACGCACUUACCACUGUGUCGUUACUAAGAUCAGGUACACGGCGUGAAGAUGGCGACCGCCUACGAGAGAUAUAAUUUGCACACAACUCCAGAGAAAUUCUACAUCGAGGCUUGUGACGAUGGGGUCGAUGCUGUGCUGGCCAUUGACAGGGACUCCAAUGAGAUGACCCUGACAGACAAAGUGCACGUUCCUCCCUCUGCCGUCACGAGGCCAAUUUGUGGCAUCAUGGGAACAAUCCGCCUGGUAGCAGGGAUGAACCUGAUCGUCAUCACAAGGAAGAGGAACGUGGGCAGCCUCCUCGGACAUGCAGUGUGGAAGGCGGUGGAGUUUGAUGUAAUUCCAUACAAGAAGACAGUGCUGCACCUGUCAGAGAGUCAGUUGCAGGAGAAUAAUACAUUCCUGUCAAUGAUGAACAGCGUGCUGAGCACGGACGGCUUCUACUUCUGUACUGACUACGACCUGACGCACACGCUGCAGCGCCUCGCCAACACCAGCCCCGAUUUUCAGGAGAUGAGUCUGCUAGAGAGGGCAGAUCAGAGAUUUGUAUGGAACGGAUACCUGCUGAGAGAACUGGCUGCACAACCAGAGCUCCACAGGUUCGCACUACCCGUUGUCCACGGAUUCAUCGUCAUCAAGCCCUGCCGUAUAAAUGGUAAAAUCUUUGAAUGGAUCCUCAUAUCCAGGAGAAGCUGCUUCAGGGCUGGUGUUAGAUAUUAUGUCAGAGGCAUCGACUCCGAAGGUCACGCUGCUAAUUUUGUGGAAACCGAGCAGAUAGUUUUGUACGAGGAAUCCAAGGCGUCGUUUGUACAGACCCGAGGUUCCAUGCCAUUUUACUGGAGUCAGAGACCCUACCUCAAAUACAAUCCAAAGCCCGUAAUCAGCAAGACCAGAAGCCAUACUGAUGGUUUCCAGAGACAUUUUCUCUCUCAGCUCCUUAUCUAUGGCAAACAAACCAUCAUCAACCUGGUGAAUCAUAAGGGUUCAGAAAAGCCACUGGAGCAGACCUUUGCCAAGAUGGUGUCAGAGAUGAACAAUGACAAGCUUAAUUACAUAGCAUUCGACUUUCACAAAGAAUGCAGCCGCAUGCGGUGGCACCGUCUCCAGAUCUUAGUUGACAAGAUCAGCGAAACGCAAGAGGAAUAUAGUUACUUCAUGGUGAACUCUGAGGGGAAGACUGUAGCCCACCAGAGGGGGGUGUUUCGCAGUAACUGCAUGGACUGUCUGGACCGGACCAACGUUAUCCAGAGUCUUCUGGCUCGAUGCUCUCUCCAAUCUCAGCUGCAGAGAAUGGGCGUUCUGAACGCGGGCCAGCAGAUUGAAGAGCAGGCCGAGUUUGAGAAGAUCUACAAGAACGCAUGGGCUGACAAUGCUAAUGCUUGCGCAGUACAGUAUGCGGGAACGGGAGCCUUGAAAACCGACUUCACGAGGACGGGGACGAGGACCAAGUGGGGGCUGAUGAUGGACGGGUGGAACUCGGCGAUCCGCUACUACAAAAACAACUUUUCCGACGGCUUCAGACAGGAUUCACUUGACCUGUUUUUGGGCAAUUUUGCUGUCGACGAAAUGGACGGACCCACGCCCCUUUGUGCGCAGAAGGACUGGAAGCUUCUCCUGUUACCCAUCAUUUUGCUGCUUGCGAUUUCCAUGUGCAUCAUGUGUAUUCUCGGAGCUGAGGACCUGUCGCUGCACACCAUCGCUCAUGUGAUAUCCUGGGGCGUCGCCAGUGCCGUCGCGGGACUCGCUAUUCUGUACUUUGGCCAACACUUUGUGGACGCCCCCAAACUGGUUCACAAGAAGAAGAUGGACUGAAGUGUUGGUCAAGUGUGUUUUCGGGCGGCUUUACGUACAGUACACCUCUCUCCAUCAUCUGUCUGCUACCUCUCUGCACUGCGCCUCAGAUUCUGUCGUACUCUCCGGGUUCUGUCCUCAGUCUCCGGGCUGAUUUCAUGUGGUUCCUAAAUAAUACAGAUUAUUAAAGAAAAUAAUAAAAUUGAAAUUAAUUUGCACCUGCACUAACCCUGCCCUCGCCUCCUCACUUUAGGAACCACCGUUGUACUAAGUUGGGAACGCCCCAAACCCCCUUAUACGUUGGCUAAUGUUUCUAACUGUUGGACUGCAAUAUUUAACGUGUGUGUGUGUGUGUUUUUUGGUGGGUUUAACUUAAAUUUGUCUUCGAUUCCGAAAUUGAAUACUUGUAACAAAUGCAUUCAUGUCCUACACUUAACUGCGGUUGGUUAUAAAACAAGGCGAACGGUUAGCAGUUACAAUGGAGAAGUCCGCCAUCUUUCUCAUUUCUCUGUUUGGAGAAACCCCAAAGAUGACACACAAUGUAUCCAUGUUCGUAGUGGACUUUACUGGAGUUGAACAGCGAACACUUUUGUGAACGUCCGGGUUCGGCCAGUCCGACGAAAAGCGAAUGCACCCUUGAACUAGCACUUACAAUUUUAAAGCUUUAUUUUUGUAUUCUAAAGCCACCGUCCCCGUGGUGUUGAGCUUCGCCAAGCAACCCGAAAUUCGACCCCUAAUUUGACGCUACAACAGGCCCGAGAAACAAAUGAUACGAUGUUGUGUUUACAGCUGGUAAAGGUGUUUCGGGAUUGCGCAAUGGACAAACGUUUAGAGUUUUCAAAGAUUGUUCAAGAUUGAUUUCAUUUCACUAAUAAAUUUAAAAAAAAAAAAAGCACACAGUGUGUAGGAAGGCAGUGUG